AUGGUAGGAAUCACGAAGGGGAGUUGCAAUCUUGGAAGACGUUCUUUGUCAGAGGUAGAGAAUCUCAGGCCUGGCCUGAGCUGUUCCAUUCCUUUCAAAUUCCAAACCACAGUGAUCUCCAAUUCCGAACGAAAGGGCUUUAACUCUCAGACCAAGAGAUUUCAGUAUUCUGAGAAUGAAAAUCCAGGUCCAGGAUUCUAUGAUGUAAUCGAUCAAUCAACACUUCUCAACAAUGUCUCCCAGUCCCGGAAAGGAACCUGUUUUUUCCCUUCCUUGGAUACACGUAUCGCUCGCCAGAGAAUCCACAACUAUCCUGCUGCAAAUGCCUACAACCUCCCACCUACCCUGAUUUCCAAGCGAGACUUUAGCCUGGGGUAUUCCAGUAUGUUUCAGCAACCAAUUGCCAGGAAGAUUUCAAAAAGAUCCACUCCAGCCCCCAACCAAUAUAAUGUCUCGGUGGACCUCAGCAACAAAAGCCACAACACUGGUGCCAAGUCAGUGUUUUCAUCCAAAACUAAACGAGCACUGGCACUCGGUAGCAAGGAGCAUGUGCCUUCUCCCUGUCAUUACCGAGUAAAGGAUUCCUACAUACGGCAGGCGCCUACAGUGCUGGUGUCCUGCUUCAGAUCCAAAACAAGUCGCGAAACCAAGACAGAGACGCUGAGCCCGGGACCAGCAGCCUAUCAGCAUCCAGCUGGCAUCCCAGUCGUGCCAUCCAGGAAGUUCCCCGGCCUGCGAAAGUAUGGCUUGAACUUCUCAGCCCCAGCUGCCCCUCGCCCCAAAACGCCCCCUGCACCUGGGCCUGGCCAGUAUGAAAUAGUAGACUAUGGGAGUCCUUCCAAGCAUUAUAUCUCCAGUGCCGUCUUCGUCUCAAACACAGGCCGUUGGGCAGGUGAUAAAUCCCACGAAGACAUACCUGGCCCAGGGGCAUACAACAUCCCCGUACCACAAAAGCAAUCCUUCAUCUACAACACCACCAAUAAAUGGGUGCCAGUAUUGUAAAACAGAGGAUCCCGCAGCAUCGGUUUGGCAAGCGCUCUUAUUUGCAAGUGCUGCAUUUCUCUGUUGCUGUUGUUUUUAAAAAAGAACAAACGAAUAUUGCAUUCACUUGCCUGUGAACAAGACAUGAUACCCACCUGUUUGAAAUCCUGUAUUUCCUUGGUGGUGGUGGGGGGAGUGGGCCCUGAGUCGCUCCUGUUUCGCACACAUGACAGAAGAUCAGUUUUGGAUAUAGAGAAUGGAUGUCAUUUCAUUGUUGGCUUUAGGUGGACAGUGGAUUUUUCAUGACAAUAUUUAUUUAUAAAAAUUAAGAAGCCUGA